GUGAUCGGUUUUACUAAUCAACAGGAAAAAAUGCUAUCUUCAUUUCACAGUUUGACAAACAAGAGCCACUCUCAAACAAAUAUUAAGUAAAAGAAAAAAAAAGUGACAUGGAUAUAAAUGCCUAUCAAUGUGUACUCUGCGUACGGCACUAACUGCUCGUUAAUAACUCGAACAAAUCGAAAGUCGAAGUACCAAAUGUUGAGCACAGGGAAUUAGUCAAACCACAAUGAUGCGCCUAGCAACAUUUGUUGUUAUCUGCCUGCUGGCACUUACAUUGGGAUGGGCCAGCCCUAUAGGCAACGCCAUGGAGGAAAUAGAUCCAGAACUGCUGAAGGAAAUAAAUCCAGAAUAUACCCCUGACUUGUUCGAGGGAGAUAUUAUGGGUAUUAACCCAGGAGAUAAACCAAAAAAUGCCGUUCGUAAUCCUGAUCUGCUUUGGCCUAACGGUGUCGUUUACUAUACCAUCGACUCGAAAUUUAGUGCUCAAGAAAACAUAUCUCUUGCGGAAGUGUUCGCCUUGUUUGAAAGCCUCACAUGCAUCACGUUUGUAGAACGAACAAACCAAUUAGACUAUGUCUCUAUAGAUAAGACAGAGAGCGGGUGUUACAGCUCUGUUGGUAGGGUCGGAGGACUUCAGCACCUCGCACUUAGUGCACGUGGCCUACGCCAGCUUGGAAUUCCAAUUCAUGAAUUUUUACACGCUCUUGGAUUCGAGCACGAACACAGUCGCAUAGAUCGAGAUGAUUACGUCACCAUAAACUAUGAUAACAUUAAGCCCGGAGAGGCUAGUAACUUUGAUCCCUACAGUGAUCUGGAGUUUCAAGAUUUAGGAGCUCCGUAUGAUUACGGAUCGGUCAUGCACUAUGGCGCGCACAAAUUUGCUGUUGAUAAGAAGCAGCCAACUAUUAUUGUACCUCAAAAUGUCAAAAUUGGACAGAGAAAAGGUUUUAGCGAGACUGAUUUAUUUAAGGUGAACGCCCUUUACAAAUGUGCUGCCCAGGACCAGAAAAAGUAGCUGCUCUGCCCAUAACUAGCGAUGAACCUCUGGCCGUCAGACAUUUUGGCCUGGAUUAUUCAUUUUCACUUCAACAACUCCCGGGAUUUGAGGAAUGAAGGGUCUCAACAGAUGGCUUGAACUGGAUAUUGUAGAAACUGUUAAGAAUCAUAUUAUGAAUUUAGGUUCAAUGUUUAGAAUUAUAUCGUGAAUUUUAGAUUAAACAGCGUAUUACCAAACAGUA